GAGGAGGAGGAGGAGGGGGAGUGAGGCUCUUCUCCUCUCUCUCUAAGAGCAUUAACUGUAGAGUGUUCUGGUGGUGACAGGGCUGUCAGGGUCAGAUGGCUGCUCAGCCUGAUUAGACCAGCUCACAGCAGAUCCUCAGCCCAGCACACUGCACUGCUACAGCAAGGUAGAGCCACAAACUGGCACAUACUGUACGCCGCAGUGAGAGGCAGGGAGGGACAAGGCUGAGGUGGAUAGUUCAGUGUGACAGUGGGACAGAGCUACAGGUUGUUGCAGAAAGUCUUUCUGCUUCUCGACCAGACAUUUCAGCUUCUGGAAGGAGACUCAAAGCAGGUGGACUUUACUGUGGCAAAGAGGCAGAAGAACUGAUGUUUUGUCUGUGUUUGGAGAUGACAUUGAAGAGCUAAGCGAAACGCUGGUUGAUGGAGUUUGUGCGGCGGAGUGGUGACUACUGCCACGCCCAACACAUUUAGACCCUAUGUGGGAUGAAGCUGCACUUUGCUGUCCUGGGGGCCCUGAACCCUGAAAAACCACUGGCCAUUGCCAUCUGAACCAGCCAGCUCAUGGGGUAACAAGUGGGGUCUCGCACACCGGAAGCCAACUGGAGAGAGAGAGAAGGAAAAGAGAGAGCUACUGAAAAACACAACGAGAGAAAGAGAGGAGGACUGGACAGUUGGAGAGAUAAAAACAAAGAGAGGGACACAGCGAGAACUGACACACUGUAGCCUCUUGGACUAUAGGAUACAGUCAGCGGAUGGUGUAAAAGAGUCAACAGGACCUCAGAACUCGGAAAAAAAAAAAACUUAAGUGGCUAUAAACAGGAACUUCUACAACGGACAGGAAGUCCAGAAUCACCUGGAGACCUGAUAAAAGUUGAAGACAGAGCAUCUAAGUGCUACAGCUGGAGCUAAAGGUCAGAGGUCAUCCUGGGAGGUCAAACGUCAUAUCGGCCAACAUGAACCGUCCAGCUCCAGUGGAACUGUGCCACAAGAACAUGAGAUUCCUUAUCACACACAACCCUACAGACAGCACACUCAGCUCCUUCAUAGAGGACCUGAAGCGGUACGGUGCCACCACUGUGGUCCGAGUCUGUGACAUCACUUAUGACAAAACACCGCUUGAGAAAGACGGCAUUACUGUGGUGGAUUGGCCCUUUGAUGAUGGAGCCCCGCCCCCGAGUAAGCUUGUUGAUGACUGGCUGAGUCUGCUGAAGAGGAAGUUUCAGGAGGAUCCAGGGUCCUGCGUGGCUGUUCACUGUGUGGCUGGACUGGGGCGGGCUCCUGUGCUGGUUGCUCUGGCUCUGAUAGAGAGCGGGAUGAAGUAUGAAGAUGCUAUUCAACUUAUCCGGCAGAAGCGUCGUGGAGCCAUCAACAGCAAACAGCUGACCUACCUGGAGAAAUAUCGACCCAAGCAGAGACUCCGCUUCAAAGACUCUCACACACAUAAGAACAAGUGUUGCACCAUGUGAACACACACACACACACACACGCACACACACACAGACACACACGCUCAGACUCCUCAACAAAUGCUCUCAGGAAUCCAACCAUACAAGCUUUGUCUCCCCUGCAUCAUUAACCCACGUGUAGCCUGGUAAUUGAUGAAUGCUUUAACAGUAAUUUCAUUAGAAUCCUUCUUUGUUCUCUUGUUUGUAAUGAUUUCUUGUCUUUUAAAGUUAAUUUUAUUGGCACUUUUGCUUCAUUAUACAGUUUACAGUGAAGAAAGAUGGGAAAGACAGAUGAGGGAUGGAAAAACCAUGUAAAAAUUAUGUUAUGUAGCUAAUUGUUGAGCCGUAUAUGCUUUAUUAGAUACUAAAAUGGGUCAGGGAUGUGUUGAGGCUUUUGCAUUGCAAAUUUUCAACCAGUCAAAUCCAUGGUAUGUAUCCAUGGGGACACCUGAACAGAUUUAGUGUAGGAGUGAUUUAUUGUAUUUACCUGGAGUAUUGGCCUCCAAAACCUCAAAUCAACCCUGAUAUAUUGUGAAAAUACCAUUGAAUUUUCAUUAUUUUGUACAGAUGUUCAGCAUGUUAAAACCAUAAUCAGGGUGUAUAAUUACACACAGUAUUUCUGUAUGUGUUUCUUUGAGGUUGUUUUUUUGUCAUAAAAAAUAGAUAGACUUUUUAAAUACUUUUGGCAGACAAAAACUGUCAAUACUCUAGGUUGAUCCUCUCUCACAUCACUCCUAUGCGUCUGUUCUCACUGUAUCUGGAGACAUAAGGGCUC